GGCGACCCAGAAAUGGUCGACGUCGACCGCCGGCCGUCGCUCCCGCACGGCCUCCCGCGCCCGCCGUCCCACUCCGCUGGCCUCCGGCGCCUGUCCACCCGCGCCUCGGCACCCAGCACCCCGCGCGCGCCGGCUCCCCCGUCCCCCUCCGCCGCGGCGGGCCCCGCCCCCUCACCCUCCGCGGUUCUCGCUCACCUCGCCGCGGCUGGAGUGUCCGUCCUCCCUGGCCUCUCCGACACCGAGCUCGCCCUCGCGGAGGCCGCGCUCGGCGGCGUCCAGCUCCCGCCGGACCUCCGCGAGCUGCUCGCCCUGGGCGUGCCCUCGGGGGACGGCUUCCCGGACUACCGGUCCCCGGCCGGGCUCCGCCUCCUCCGCUUCGCCGCGCAGGAGGUCCCGGCCGCCGUCGCCGCCGCGCUGCCCCUCGCCCCGGGCCGACGCCCGGGGCGCGCGGCGCCGCCGCCCCUCGUCCCGCUGUGCGGCCGCCAUUACGUGCCGGCGACGCCCUGCCUCGCGGGGAACCCGGUGUUCCACGUGUCCGACUCCGGCGUGACGUUCGCGGGCGCCAACGCGGCCGACUUCCUCCUCCGCGCGUUCGCCGCCGAGCCGCCCCCCGGCGCGCCGCUCCGGCGCCAGCUCUCCGCGCCGGCCCCGCCGGCGGCGUCCCCGUCCCCCGCGCCGCCGUCCACGGCGCGCCGGAGCCUGGACUCCGUCACCGGCAGGGCCCCGCGCUGGAUCGAGUUCUGGACGGACGCCGCGGCCGCCGGGGACCGCUUCCUGGAGGUCCCCACGGGCGGCGCCCGGGGCAGCGCCGCCGGCGCCGCGGCGCCGGAGUGGCUGCUGCCGAACCUGGAGAGGGCGGGCUCCGCGCUGGCGCGCGGCGGGUGGGCCGCUGCCGAGGUGGAUGAGAUGACGGCGGGCGGUCCCGACGGUGGCGAGGUGCUGGCUCUGGCGCUGACGGUGGACCGGUGCUGCGGGGAGCUGCGGAGGGGAGGGUGGCCCGCGGAAGAGGUGGUGGAGAUGCUGGGCGCGCUGCUGGCGCCGAGGAAGGCCCGGCGGGCGGCGGCGGCGCUGCCGCCGGACGUGGCCGCGCGGGUGGGGAGGCUCGCCGAGGCCGUGUCGCGGGCGGUCGCGUCCCGCGGCAAAGCGAAACCCCCGAGGCCAUCUUGAGAGUCGGGGCGAAAAAAAAUCAUUUUUCUUUGCAUUUUUAGUUUAGAACCGUAGCUCUGUGCUCCCUGUGAUCUAGUACGCGCGUGCAAGUGUGCUUGUACGUGAGCAUAGUUGCGCACAGGCCAAGCACAAGCAGCAUGUGCCUUGUACUAGUAUGGUUUCCGUAGAUCUACCCUGUAGUACAUGUAGAUAUGUUAAAGAGUGAAUCAAUGAAGA